GCUGCUCUUCGCAUUCACUCUUCCCCCACCAUUCGCUUCUUUUUUGUGUGGACUCUUGCUUCUUGACGCUCAUUCAACAAGGCUUUAAUUUCUCAAUCGUUUAUUUCUUUUAUUCAGUGGUCUACUGACCCUAUUGUCACUCCUUCAAACCCAUAAAUAUAGCGUUUCUCCCAAUCACCAUGCGCUCAAUCAUCUACCUCGCAAUCAGCGCCUUUGCCGCCGUUGUUGCCGCACAGGCAAAUAAUCCUUUCAAUGUCCCAUCUGGAGGCUACAGCCCCGUUGCUGGCCAGCCCUUGACUCUCAAAUGGACACCCACCACUACAGGGCCUGUCACCCUGAAAUUGCAGUUGGGUGACAAGGUUACUCCCAACGAUGGCAUUGUCCUUGCAUCCAGUAUCCCCAACGCCGGCAGCUUCACGGUUACCUUACCCAAGAGCCUCGGCCCAGGAACUGACUACAACUUCCAAAUCAUCGACGAUGAGGACCCAAGUAACUUCAACUUCAGCCCGAAAUUCUCUAUCAGCGGUACUACAGGCACUGCUACCUUGUUGACCCCGACCGCCACGCGUACCACUGCCUCCACCACCGCGACCGAGUCCACCAGCGCCACGACCACGCAGACGGAAUCGAGCACCACCCUAACCACGUCCGCCUCGAGCACGACGGAGAGCACAUCCUCCUCCACUCCCACUGCCACUUCCACCGGUGAAUCCAAGUCGGCUCCAAAUCCAAACAGCGCCGUCUCUCUCACCCGUCCGGGCUUCAUGCUGUCUGCCGUCCUGGGGCUGAUGGCUUUCCUGUAAAAACUUUAUAUUGUGAUUACGUUGUUUUAAUUAUUCUUUCCAUUUACAAUUUGACGCUCGAAAUUUAAAUUUUAAACUUUUAUGUUCUAUUAUCUUUUGACGGGAUUGUGUCAGUCGCUUCCAACCAGAAAUUAUGAACGCAUUCCUCUCUUUUUAACAUAAGCAUGAAAUAAAUAAUAAAAAGGAUAAA